AUGAGAAGAAUCAUCGGUUCUCUUUCGAGUCUCGCUACAGAGAAGCUCUCUUCGUCUUCUUCUUCUUAUUCCCGUUGCCAAUCUAGACAAAUCUUCUCUGCGUGUUCGUCUUCUUCGCAACGAAAUGCCGGAAGCAAGCUCUCUGAAGCGUUACCGGGUAAUCGCAUCAAAUGGGCUUCACUUGGUUCAGUCAGAAAUUCGCAGUUCGCAUCUGGGUUCACACCGUUGAAGCCGAAACCUUUGGAUUCGAUCAUGGAUUUGAAUAGAGCCAAGUCUAAAUCCCCGGAGGAGCUCACUUCUGCUUGGGACGAUUAUCAUUUGGGACGAGGUCAUAUUGGGAUAACGAUGAAAGCUAAGCUUUAUCGAUUGCUUGAGCAACGAGCAUCCGAGUGCCGAUACUUUGUCAUUCCAUUGUGGAGAGGAAAUGGUUACGUUACAAUGUUUGCUCAAGUUGAAGCGCCUCACAUGAUUUUCACUGGCCUAGAAGACUACAAAGCAAGAGGAACUCAAGCGGCUCCGUACCUGACUACCACCUUCUACACUGAGCUCGUAGAGACAAAUGACUUGGUGCUUAUCCGAGGAGAUGUUGUGUUCACAAGCAAACUCACCGACGAGGAAGCGAAAUGGCUCAUGGAGACGGCUCAGUCGUUUUACUUGAACGACUCUCGGUACAAGCUGCUCGAGCGGUUCAAUAAGCAGACUCAAGACUUUGAGUUCAAGGAUCUAACGAAAGUCGUCAAAACAAAAUCAUCCCCGAGACUAUCUCUCUUCAUCCUUCUACACUCAAAACACCAUCUUCUUCCUCAGUCCUCCGCAAUGUCAGAGCACCAGUCCGAAGAAGUCCAGCAAAUCGAGAAGCUCUACGAGUUCAGCGAGCGACUCAAUGCUUCCAAGGAUAAGUCUCAGAAUGUUGAGGACUAUGAGGGGAUUAUUAAGAUGUCGAAGACGAGUAUGAAGGCAAAGCAGCUUGCGUCGCAGCUAAUUCCACGCUACUUCAAGUUCUUCCCUAGUCUCUCCACUGAUGCUUUCAAUGCGCAUAUGGACUGCAUCGAUGAUGGAGAUCUCGGGGUACGUGUUCAAGCCAUCCGCGGGCUCCCACUGUUCUGCAAGGAUACACCUGAUAUUAUAUCAAAGAUUGUUGAUGUUCUUGUGCAACUUUUGAAUACUGAGGAAUCUGUGGAGCGUGAUGCUGUGCAUAAGGCUCUCAUGUCGUUGUUACGGCAGGAUCCAAAAGUAUCUUUAACUGCGUUAUUUACGCAUGCUGGGGUUACUCCUACUGAUGAUCAAAUUCGUGAAAAGGUCUUGAACUUCGUCAAAGAUAAGGUGUUUCCUGUUAAAGGGGAACUCUUAAAGCCUCAAGAGGUAAUGGAAAGACAUAUAACAGAUUUGAUUAAACAGAGCCUAGAAGAUGUAACUGGAGGAGAAUUCCAAAUGUUUAUGGAUUUCUUGACAAGUUUAAGUAUAUUUGGAGGGAAAGCUCCUAAAGAAAGAAUGCAAGAACUUGUGGAAAUUAUUGAAGGACAAGCGGAUUUGAAUGCACAAUUUAAUGUUUUGGAUUCAGACCAUAUCGACAGGUUUAUAUCAUGCCUGCAACUAGCUCUUCCAUUUUUCGCGAGAGGUGCUCCAAGCAGCAGGUUUCUCAGCUAUUUGAACACACAUAUCAUGCCUGUUUUUGACAAGCUCCCGGGAGAGAGGAAGCUUGAUCUGCUCAAAGCUCUGGCUGACAUUUCUCCAUACACAACCGCUCAAGAGGCAAGGCAGAUGCUUCCUUCAAUGGUUGAUCUUUUAAAGAAAUACAUGCCUGCCAAGAAGACUGGAGAGGAAAUGAAGUACACAUACGUGGAGUGUUUGUUGUACGCGUUUCAUCACUUGGCCCACAAGGUCCCAAAUGCCACAAACAGCUUGUGUGGGUACAAGAUUGUGACCGGCCAGCCAUCAGACAGACUGGGGGAAGACUUCUCAGAGUUGAACAAGGACUUCACUGAGAGAUUGACCAUCGUUGAGGAUCUAACCAAGGCAAUGAUGAAGAAAUUAACUCAGGGAAUGUCUGAGCACAACAAAGCCAUGUCGGCUGCUAAAACAGAUGAAGAGAAAGCAAGCGUUAAAACAAAGAAGCAGAGUACUACAACUGAACUUAGGACCUGUAACAACAUAUUGGCGAUGACAAAGCCACUGCAUGCAAAAGUGCCUUCUUUUAUCGGAGAUACUAAUAUGAACCUUUCUUGGAAAGAAGCAACAAAGCCGUUAGCCUCAACAACAGCAACAACAACAAUCGGGGGAAAGCGGCCUGGUAAUAGCAACAAUGGAAGUGGUAACAAUGUUGCAGCAAAAAGGGUACGUGGUUCGGGUGGUGUGCAACAAAGCCAGCUUGUGAAUAAGGCAUUUGAGGGAAUCGCAUCGUACGGUGUUGGUAGAGGCGGUAACCGAAGUGGGGGAAGGCGUGGAGGCGGUCGAGGAGGAAGAGGACAAGGAAGAGGUCACUGGUAA